AAUUGUAACCGGCGUACACCGGCGUUUACUCAGUUGUACGGGACUGUAACUGAUAAUAACAGAACAGCAUGUUAAUAUCAAUAACUCAGUCAUUCUUGUUUUAAUACAACAUUAAUUUAAUAUUUGUGUGACCGUGUGCUGUUGCGAAACCUGUGAAACACGCAGAACGAUAGUGCCCACUGCCCAUCCUGUACUUGAUGCUAGUUGCUGUACACAACAACAUCCAAACCGAACACCCCGGUGUAGGAAACGAGUACACCUAAUGUUAGAAUAGAUUUUUUGGCUACUCAGAUGAACUUGUCCUGAGAAUAUUCAGUGAUUUUUGCCGUUACGUUUUUCUCAUCCUUUUAAUUCAAGAUAUCUUGUGUCGUAAAUGCAUGCACAUUUAGUCGUCUGAGAAAGCACCACUUGCAGUCUUUAUAUGCGUCUGACCUUGCCUGUUAACAGUAUAGCCAAAGCUAGCUCCUGUCGUCAGUGUUAGCUAGCCAGUUAGCUCCCUGUUUCGCUGUUUCUCUACUCUCUGUUUUGCGUUCAUGAUGGAAGAUGAAACCUUUACUGACAUUAGUGGCAAAGCCAUCUCUCUGGACUGUCAGAAUCACUCCAGCCUCUGCAGGGAGUUCGUUGUCAGCGUCCCUAAAGUGUCCAUCGGGAAGGUGAUGGUGUACACCUGCUGUGUUUGGCUUUUGGCAUACGCUGUGUUUUUCUUCACAGAGAACACAGCCGUUCUGUCCAGUGCCAUAUUCAUCACUCUGGUUGGCAUGAUGCUUCACAUCCACUUUGUGAAGGUAGACCACGAGACCCUGCUUGUCAUCGGCUCCUUAGGCAUACAGCUGUCCUCCAGCUACGCCUCGGGCCGUGAGACCACCACAUUCAUUGAGAUCGGCAAAAUCAAAGAUAUUGUCAUCAAUGAAGCUAUUUACAUGCAUCAAAUCAUCUACUACCUGUGUGUGCUGUUGAAGGACCCGUCAGAGCCUAAUGCAGUGUCGCGUGUUGUGCCAUUGUUUCAGAGUUCAAAGCCAAGGCUUAACUGCUUGAUGAAAGUUUACAAAAGCUGUCAGGAGAUUCUUUCGAAAUGCUGAUGACCCACGUGACAUACAUUUCUUGUCAUGCAGUAUGAUUUCUUGAUUAGUAGUUUUCUAUUGAAUGGAUGGAAGCAGGGAGUUUUUCUUUUCCUUUAUUCCUUUAAUCCUUUUGUGAUAUUUCUCCUUUUCUUCCCCCUUGUGAAUGUGAAUGUAAUCUAUUGAAUUCAAAAGCAAGUGCUGCCAUGUUAUAAACACCAAUUGUAGUUUCAUCGUGACAUUAUGUCGUAUUUUGUUGUGUAGUUACUGAAAUCCUUUUUUAAUAAUGGCGAUUUACCACUAUUUUGGACCUAAAGAGCCAAUCCUUUUUAACUGACAUUCUUAUAAAUAUAAAAUUAUCUUUCUUAAUUUAACAUUUUUACUUAUUUAUACAUUUAGAAUGUAAUUGACUAGUGAUGCCAAUGUCUGUAUUUUUAAAGCAUUUACACACUGUAUUUUUGAUUAAAUAAAUAUUAAAAUCA